GCCUUGGGCUUUAUUAUGACGGCGUCGCAGAGCACGAGGAAGAUGCGGCAGCAGACGCCGAGGCGAGACAAGGAGUAGGCGGCGGUGUCCUCUCGGGAGGUUGCUGCCGUGGGCCAGGCGGCUUCUGGAGGCUCUGCAGUGCCGCCGCUGUCACCGGGAGGCUCCUCGCGGGAGCCAUGUAACCCUGCGGCGGACUCCAGCGGCUCCGUCUGUCCUUCCCCAGCUCCCACUUGCGCGGCUGCGGCGCCAAGAUGAAGAAGCAGUUCAAUCGCAUGCGCCAGCUGGCCAACCAGACCGUGGGCAGUGUUUUCGUGCUGGAUGUGUCUGAUACCAGUUGAUUCUACUUUUGCUUAUAAGUUGGGACUCCUAUGAAGCACGAGACUGCUUUGCGACCAUAUAUAUCUUCACCUCUGCAUAUAUUACUAUAAGCAUAAAAUAUCCUAACCUUAGUUGCAUGGCCACAUAACACACAAGAAACACCUCUAAAUUGCAGAAGUGAAAUGGGAAAGCAAGUCAGAAUCACACCAUACUUAUUGGGGCAGAGAAGACAGAAGUUUUGAGUGAAGACCUUCUUCAGGUGGAGAAGAGGCUAGAGCUGGUAAAGCAGGUGUCUCACAGUACACACAAGAAGCUUACUGCUUGUCUCCAAGGCCAGCAAGGAGCAGAAGCUGACAAACGUUCUAAAAAAUUGCCUUUGACAACAUUGGCUCAAUGUUUGAUGGAAGGGUCAGCUAUCCUGGGAGAUGACACACUUCUUGGGAAAAUGCUAAAACACUGUGGAGAGACAGAGGACAAAUUGGCUCAGGAACUGAUUCAUUUUGAAUUACAAGUAGAAAGAGAUGUGAUUGAACCCUUAUUUUUGCUGGCUGAAGUGGAAAUUCCAAAUAUUCAAAAACAAAGGAAACAUCUAGCAAAGUUGGUGCUGGACAUGGAUUCUUCACGAACAAGGUGGCAGCAGACUUCCAAGUCUUCAGGCUUGUCCAGCAGCAUACAGCCUACAGGUGCCAAAGCUGAUGCCCUCAGGGAAGAAAUGGAGGAGGCUGCCAACAGAGUGGAGAUUUGCAGGGACCAGCUCUCAGCUGAUAUGUACAGUUUUGUGGCCAAAGAAAUCGACUAUGCAAAUUAUUUUCAGAUGCUAAUAGAAGUGCAAGCUGAAUACCACAGAAAAUCAUUGACACUCUUGGAGGCAGUGUUGCCUCAGAUAAAGGCACAACAGGAGGCAUGGGUAGAGAAGCCUUCCUUUGGAAAACCCCUUGAGGAACACCUCACGAUCAGUGGCCGUGAAAUUGCCUUCCCUAUUGAGGCGUGUGUGACAAUGCUCCUUGAAUGUGGGAUGCAGGAGGAGGGACUUUUCCGGGUAGCUCCAUCUGCCUCCAAACUGAAGAAGCUAAAAGCUGCCUUGGAUUGCUGUGUGGUAGAUGUGCAGGAAUACUCAGCAGACCCCCAUGCCAUUGCAGGAGCUUUGAAAUCUUACCUUCGAGAGUUACCAGAGCCACUUAUGACCUUUGAACUUUAUGAUGAAUGGAUUCAGGCUUCUAAUAUUCAAGAACAAGAUAAGAGACUUCAGGCUCUCUGGAAUGCUUGUGAAAAAUUGCCCAGAGCUAAUCACAGCAACAUCCGAUACUUGAUCAAAUUUUUAUCCAAACUUUCAGAAUACCAAGAUGUAAACAAAAUGACUCCCAGUAACAUUGCAAUUGUAUUGGGACCCAAUCUCUUAUGGCCACAAGCAGAAGGAAACAUCACAGAGAUGAUGACCACAGUUUCACUGCAGAUUGUUGGGAUUAUUGAACCCAUCAUCCAGCAUGCAGACUGGUUCUUUCCUGGAGAGAUAGAGUUCAACAUUACAGGGAAUUAUGGGAGUCCAGUACAUGUGAACCACAAUGCCAACUACAGCUCAAUGCCCUCUCCUGACAUGGACCCUGCUGACCGGCGCCAAUCUGAGCAAGCCCGCCGACCCCUCAGUGUUGCCACAGAUAAUAUGAUGCUGGAGUUUUACAAAAAAGAUGGCCUUAGGAAAAUUCAAAGCAUGGGCGUGAGGGUCAUGGACACCUCCUGGGUAGCUCGAAGAGGUUCCUCGACUGGCCGAAAAGCAUCCUGCGCCCCACCCACAAUGCAGCCUCCGGCUCCACCCACGGAGCUCACUGCGCCUCUGCCUUCUCCCCUUCUGGAACAGUCUCCUGAAAGCCCAGCUGUGCCCUCUCUUUCUCCAUGUAGCUUGGGCCUUCAACCUGGGGUUGAGCGGACCAGCUUUAUUUCUGCUGAAGAUAAAGGAGCAAGGAUAAGUAGCACUUCCAAAAGCAAGGAACUUUCUCCAGGAUCUGGCCAAAAAGGAAGUUUGGACUUCAACCAAGGAACACCUAGUGCAGGGAUACAACCAGGGACACAACCGAGUACCAACCCCAGUCAGCAACCUGCAGACCAGAGUCCUCAUACCCUUCGUAAAGUUUCCAAGAAGCUGGCACCAAUUCCACCCAAGGUUCCCUUUGGUCAGCAAGGGUCUAUGGCAGACCAUUCCGCCGGCCAGCCUUCCCCACUUAGUCUGUCUCCUACUCCACCAAGCACUCCUUCACCCUAUGGACUAAGUUACCCUCAAGGAUACUCCCUGGCAUCAGGCCCAGUUUCCCCAGCUGCAGCUCCUUCCUUGGCCUCUCCUUCGGCUUUCACAAGCACUUUAACCAAAUCACGACCCACCCCGAAGCCCAGACAGAGACCCACUCUUCCUCCACCUCAACCUCCCACAGUAAAUCUCCCAGCCUCUAGCCCACAGUCCACGGAGCAUCCUGUGAUAGAGGGCAUGUCUCCUGGGGAAAGCAUGUCUACAGAUCUUGUUCACUUUGAUAUCCCCUCCAUCCACGUAGAGCUUGGGUCAACACUACGCCUGAGUCCUCUGGAACAUGUGCGGAGACAUUCAGUGACUGAGAAGAGGAACUCGGAGGAAGAGUCUGAGAGCACCGCCCUCUGACCUGGCACCUUGACCUGAAAAUGUACAUAUAUGGGCCACAGGCAGGCAGGCAGGCAGGCAGGAGCAUGUCCAGGCUUGCCAAGUGUUUUUCUUUGUUGGCUUCUUGCUGUUACUACCAACAUUAAGUUGGAGUUUUUGCAGGAAAUUGUCCUCUCCAACCUCUGCAACUUGUGUGGCACAUGGUGGUGGUGCAGAUUCUCUUUGUUCCUGUUAGGGGUUAACUCUGGCCUUUUGUUGGAUCUCACCUUUUGAAUUUGUGGUUAUUUUGACUCACUUUCUGUCUUCAUGCCAAACAAUACUUCUUUUUUCUACCCAAGGAUAUACCUGUCAGCAGUGUCACUAGGGAUAUAGUGUUUCCUGUUAGACGUGAGGGCUGCUACCUAAAGCUCUUGACUGAUAAGAUACAGUGCAACAAUAUCAACUUAGGGGCUACAUAGUCAUACAGACUCACAGGAGAGCCUUUCAUUUACUGUUAGCUUGUGCUGGAAUUCUAAAGUACAGGUGAUUGACUUACCUUUCCGUGCCCACUGACAGGGAGGCCCAGCUCUAAACUAAAUGGCUUAGAACACUUUCACUUCCUAACAACUUCCCCUCAUUGUCUACACUGAGUGACUGAAAGCUCCACUUACCUUAUUUUAUUUCUGAAUUUAAAAGCAAAUGACCAUAAGGUUGCCUAGAGAUGCCUAGAACAUCUCCACAUGCUCCUAAAAACAUGAAAUGUCUUGACAUCAUUCCACCCCUGAAAGGUCCCAGGGGCACCCAAUUUACUUGGUACACAAGGUUCAGGAUCAUCUCUUCUUUCUGGAGGUCACAAAUGAAUAGCAAUAAUUCUGUUACCCAAAACAUGGAGAGCAGUGGAAUCAACAUUCAGAGAGCAGGACUUUGUAGUGGCCAGUGUUGUGGUGUACCUCACUCAUCCCUUUCUCAUGGAAUUCUACCCUUUCUCAUGCGAAAAAUAACAUGGAGCCCUUGGGAAGUUAAGUCACACUGAAGGAAGUGAAAAAAAAAAAUUUGCGUCAUGCAUGCAUAAGACAAAAUUUUGCAGUUUUAUCCUUUUAAAAUAGAUAUAUCUGUACAUGAUAUAUUUGUAUAUAUGAAAUCUCUCUAUAUUUGUUUAAUUUGAGCCAUUAAAUCUAAAUUAAUGUACAGAUGUACAAUGAAACAAUCAAAUGCUUAGUUAUUUUUCCCAACACAGUGUAAAAUAAUCUUCCUCUUCCAACAGAAUUUAAAAACUUUUGAUGUUUGCAGCUUUGCUCAUUUUCUUGUAAAGGUGGUUCAGUACCAAUUUGUAACAGAGCCCAGGGAUUGAAAGUUACCUUUAAAUACAUGUACAAAUAGUUGUCUAAAGUAAUGUUAUUAAAAUACAUUUAUUAUACCUGA